AUUUUGGUAGAAGCCAUGAGUAGUAGCAGUAAUAGUGCUAGAAGUGGUCGUUUUUUACCAAAGUCUACAGAGUAUGAAUCUCCAAGUAUGUCUGUAACUAGCAAAUUCUCGCGUGAUGUGGAGUAUGGAAGUGAUACGAAGAAUAAUUACAUAGAUGAUGCCGAGUCCGAACUGCGGAAGCUAUCAGAUUCGGAUUUAGAGGAUGAUUUGAAGUCAAGCAAUGAUUCCUGGUCUGAUAGAAUUAGUAGUAACCAAGAUUUGAUUUCUCAAGAAAUAAGCGAAGUUGAGUUUGAUGGAAAAUUGGAUUCAAGACAUGACUCGAAGUUCAAUAUUCUCGAGGAACAUUCUGUAGAAAGUGAUGAAGAUAAUAGUGAUGAUGAAGAGUGGAACGAUAAGCUACCUGAUGAAGUAGAUGAUGUAUUUGUAAUUCAACAAUUACAAAAAUUGGUUGUUCGUCGAAACAAAAAAAACACUGAAGCUCGUUUAAGAUGGUUAGCAUUUCUGCGCGAGCAGAAAGAAGCAGAAGAAGAAGCAAAACAGUUUGAAGCAUAUUGGAAGGCAAGACAAGAAGAAGAUAAGAAUUUCCGAGCUGGCUAUAAAGGAGAAAAAGGUCACUUUGAAGUACCAGAGGAAAGGAUUGAACAAAUGAAUGCUCUUUAUAUGCAAGUUACUGUUGGAGAUUAUGAUGGCAACAAGCGCCUAAAAUGCGCACAACAAUGGAAGAAGCUUAAAGGCAAAACGAAAAUUGACUGCCAACGAGAAUUCAUUAAAUUAACAAAUCAGACAAUUACAUUGUACGGUUGGAAUCCACCAGAUGGAUGGCUGUGA